GUCGUGCUCUUUCUUAAUGACUCGAUACGCAAGGUUGAGGCUAACACCGAGAGACUACCGCCCUUACUAAAGAAGAUAGAGGAUAUGCAAGUUAACAUCGUUCCCGUCGGUAUCGGGGUGUGCGCAAAAUUAUCAGAAUUAAAUGAGAUGGCAACUAAAGAUGGCACAGCACGUCACUUUGGAGAAUACGAGUCACACGAGACGUUGGGGACAGCUAUCUUACAAGGUAACUUGGGAGGUUUCAAAUUACGAUAUAAGAAAACCCUCCUUAGAAUGAUUAUUCUCCUUAUUGGUUUGGGGAAAAAAAGAAAGUAUUGCAUGCAGUUGUUACAAUUUUAACUGAGGAAGGUUUUAAAUGGUGGUAUAUUUUAUAAGCUUUAACUUUUCUCCCCACUUCGUAGAAGUGUGACUGGCUUUUAUAAUCGAUAUGUUUUACUUUCUUACAGGUAUCGAAGGAAAGAACAUCUAUGGUGAGGACGGGUUAUUGUUGGUGGUUAGAAUUCCAAAGACCGUUGAACUUUUGAACAUUCUAAGCUAGCGUCUCAAUCAUUGUCCUACCCAGUAUAACUAUGAUUACUAUGAUGUCUUCCAGAGAAAUACAAGGAUUACUUUACGACUCCUUAUUUCAUCUUUUUCCGCGACUUGCUGAGCUAUCUCAUCCUCCUCGUUCUUCACUUCGCCAUUUGCCUUUCCCCUUCAACUGUUGCCUUCAGUCGACUAGAAUGGGUCAUUUUAGGUUUCUUCAUGGGACGUGUUUUGGUGGAGGUGGAUCAGUUUAUUGGUGCCAAGCUGUGGAGGAGGAGUAGACAUGGCUCCAGUUACCAAGUAGGUUCACAUGAGGGUGAACAAGAGAUAAAUGAGGCAGAAGAAGACAAUAUCUUGCCAAAGAAGCUUAGUAAUUAUUUCAGGUAUUUCAGGUUUUUAUUGUCCGACUUCUAGUUUUUUAAUUCUGGAUUGUUAUUCGUAUGGGGGCAUGAUUAGCUAAGAAGGAUAGGGAAAAAAAGUUAACGACUUGACGAAGGUAACAAAAUGAGUCACUGUUCUCUGCUUAGGUGCACUGGUCAUUUUUUUAGAGCUGCAUCAUCAAUCAUGAGCUGAAAUUGUUCACUGCGUAGGUUCAACAAUAGUAACCAGCGUUUAUUGUUUUGGUACACCAUUAAUUAGCUCGUACUCAUUGUAACAACAGAUAUUGUUACAUGUAAGUUCUGAUUUUCUUGCUUCGUAAUUAUGCAAAGUGUGUUCAUGGAUCACAUUAAAUAAAUAAUGGUCUUCUAGUACUGAUAUCUACUACUUUUAUAGUGACCGUUGGAAUGUGCUUGACUUCAUCAUUCUUGUUUUGUACCUGAUUACCUUCAUACUACGCAUAAUUACAUGGAGGAACUCCACGGACGUGUCAGACAACAGACUCUUGGCUGUGUCAGAGUGUUUCUAUGGAUUUAUCGCCAUGUUUCUCACACUGAGAACCUCUGGUCAAGUCAUAGAGGGCGUGCAGGGAAUGGGAGCAAUACAAAUCGCUUUGUUCUCUGUUAUCUGGAAUGUAAUGGCGAUAUUUUGGCAGUUUUUGGCCAUGAUUCUAGCAUUUUCUCUGGCUAUGACCAAGAUAUAUGUUGCCGAGAAGGCUUAUACCUUAGGAAAAGAUUCCGUGGAGGAUUUGUGAGUACACAUUGCAAUCCUUUGUUGGGCUUAUUCAUUUGUUACUCUUUUUUGUAGUGGGGUGGAAAAUCUUUCCUUUUACGUUAUGGAGGGGAACCUCAAGUAUGUCUAGGCAACUGACGUGGGGAAUAGUGGGCUAAAAGCUAAGCAAGUGAGAUUAAGUUUUUUGGAGGGGAAGCCAACAGAAGAGUAAAACUACUCAGUUCAGAAUGUCAAAUUUUGCAUGAAAGGCCGAUUUUUUACAGUCUUCAUGAAUGCUCAAGCAGGAAUUCUUAAAAAGAAGCCCCAAUAACUAAGUCACUAGGUAGCAUCACUACUACACAAAAGGUUUGAAAUGAAAUUAUGAUAGCCUGAUACCCAUUAAUCAUUGCUGAAGUCGUAGUCAUAAAUUGUGGGGUCAGAGACUUGCUAUUAACUGACUUUUUGUGCUUUUGGAGGUACCCAUAUGUAUGGGCUCAGGAAUGUUGACAAUUUCUGCGGAACAGCACAACCUUGUAAAAUAAAAUUUUAGAUGGGGGUGGUGUUGAUGUAACUUUGACAAGUUCAUUUCCUCCUAUCAUUUUUAGGACAUGCAGUGAUUCCGGGCUAAUUUGGUAAGAGUAAAACUGUUGUUGUUGUUAAUUUUUCUACUCUAAUUUUAACUUUGUACUCUGAUGUCUGAAAUAAACAAUUUUACACAAAAUUUUUGCUAACCUUGAAUUUUGGGCUUUCAAUAUGCUGCGAUUAUUUAAAAAUUUUCAAGCGUGAAAUUCUACACCUAGGGGAUCGGAAAGGUGAACUAAGGUCUCCCGGGAGGAAAAAUAGUGGAAAAAAUCAUACUGAUGUGUUAAAAUGAGUACUGACGUUCAACCACGAGCUUUACCAGCCUCAUCAUGAAAAAUUUGCGGGGAAGACGCUCUUUCCUUUCAUGGCAGCAGAGUUACUUACUGCAAAAAGGCCAACCCAGCUCUUAGUUUACCUUCUUAAGAGGUACCUUACGGUUUAUCCAUCUGAGAAAAAUCUAGACUUCAUCGAUGAUAUUUCUUUUCUCUAGUGGGAUCCCUCAGGUUUAAGGAUAUCUAGUAAUAAUUUGGAUACCAACAUACAAAUGUGUUGAUGUUUGACUUAAUGGAGCUUACCAGGAAUCUUGAAAGCAAAUUUUUUUAAUCGAUGAUCCAUGUAGGAGUAGUGACACGAUGGCUUCCAGGUUACAGACGUUUAAAAACAUUUAUGACGAUCUCAAUUUCAAAAAUUGAAUGGUGUUUCGAUCUAAAAAUCGUUACUUAUGUUCUUCAGUUGGUGGAACAUGGCGACACACCUUGGUUGGUCUUUACUGGGUUUAGCUGACCUGGAUAGGUUGAACUCCGUCGACAAUCCAUCCGUUUAUCUUAUUCAUGUGCUGUACAGCUUCUUUUUUAAUCAUGGCAGUUAUUCUUCUUGUAAACAUGAUGAUUGCGUUACUCUCCAAUACCUAUCAGCAGGUUCAGGUACUAAACGGUCUUUUUACCUUCGCUGA